CUGAGGCUGCUAUUAAAAACUUCAGUCCCUACUACAGUCGCCAGUACUCUGUGGCUUUCUGUAAUCAUGUACGAAGUGAAGUAGAACAGCAAAGAGAUUUACGAUCACAAUUUUUGAAGAUCAAGCCACCAUUGGCACCUGGAACUGUUUUGUAUGAAGCAGAGCUAUCACAGUUUGCUGAAGACAUAAAGAAAUGGAAGGACAGAUAUGUUGUAGUUAAAAAUGAUUUUGCUGUGGAGAGCUAUGAGAACAAAGAGGCUUAUCAGAGAGGAGCUGCUCCUAAAAGCCGAAUUCUGCCAGCUGGAGGGAAGGUGUUGACCUCAGAAGAGGAAUAUAAUUUGUUAUCUGAUCGGCAUUUCCCAGACCCUAUUGCAUCCAGUGAGAAGGAGAACACUCAGCCCUUUGUGGUCCUGCCCAAGGAAUUCCCGGUGUACCUGUGGCAGCCGUUCCUCAGACAUGCCUACUUCUGUUUCCAGGAGGCCACACACCAGAAGAAGUUUAGUACGCUCCUGAGUGACUGCAUCAGACAUCUAAAUCAUGAUUACAUGAAGCAGACGACGUUUGAAGCCCAAGCCUUUGUAGAAGCUGUGCAGUUCUUCCGACAGGAGAAGGGUCACUAUGGCUCAUGGGAAAUGAUCACUGGCAAUGAAGUCCAGAUCCUGAGUAACCUGGUGAUGGAGGAGCUCCUGCCCACCCUCCAGACAGACCUUCUGCCUAAAAUGAAGGGGAAAAAGAAUGAUAGGAAGAGAGCUUGGUUCAGUCUCCUUGAGGAGGCCUACAACCUGGUACAGCUUCAAGUUUCCGAAGGAUUAAGUGCUUUGAAGGAGGAAUGCAGAAGUCUGACAAAGGGCCUGGAAGGGACGAUUCGUUCAGACAUGGAUCAGAUUGUGAACUCCAAAAACUUCUUAAUUGGAAAAAUCAAAGCUAUGGUGGCCCAGCCUAUGGAGAGAAGCUGUGCAGAGAGUGUGCAACCAUUCCUGGCAUCCAUUUUGGAGGAGCUCAUGGGACCCGUGAGCUCAGGAUUCAGUGAAGUUCGCUCACUCUUUGAAAAAGAAGUGGAUGAUCUGAGCCAGAGCUUUCAGACCACGAGAGACAGUGCCCUGCUAAAGGAGCAUCUAGACCAGCUUAUGAAUCUUCCACAAGAUUCUGUGAAGAUGGAACCUUGUUAUGUUAAAGUCACCCUGCUUCAAGAGCGCCUGCAGGAUCUCAGGAGCCGCUUCAGAUUCCCCCACGUGGACCUGGUAGUCCAGAGGACCCAGAACUACAUGCAAGAGCUGAUGGAAAACGCAGUAUUUACAUUUGAGCAGUUGCUUUCCCCACAUCUUCAAGGAGAGGCCUCCAAAACUGCAGUCUCCAUUGAAAAGGUUAAGCUUCGAGUCUUAAAGCAAUAUGAUUAUGACAGCAGCACCAUCCGGAAGAAGAUAUUUCAGGAGGCUCUGGUUCAAAUCACACUUCCCACCGUGCAGAAGGCUCUGGCGUCCACAUGCAAACCAGAACUUCAGAAAUAUGAGCAGUUCAUCUUCGCAGAUCAUACCAAUAUGAUUCAGGUUGAAAAUGUCUAUGAGGAAAUUUUACAUCAGACCCUCCUUGAUGAAACUCUGAAAGUGAUAAAAGAAGCUGCUGUCCUGAAGAAACACAACUUAUUCGAAGACAACAUAGCCUGGCCCAGUGAAAGUGUGUCCAGUUUAACUGAUCUAAAAACCCCCACAGGGUCAAACCAGGCCAGCCCUGCCAGGAGAGCCUCUACUGUUCUGCCAGCAGUUUUGGAUAGUGAGCCCCCGAUGAAUGAAGUAUUCCAGGAGCCAGAGGAAAAGGAACAGCCUGGGGAGCAGCCUGGGGACCCUAGUCCACUGGCUGAAGAGGAAAGCAAACCUCUCCCUGUGUCCAGCCCUCUCUCAGGUGGGGAUGGGCAGGUGAUUGUUUCAGGCAUCAGUGGCCCUGAGAAUCUUGUGGCUACAGAGGACAAGGCAGGAACCCUGGACACAACUUCAACAGAGCUGGAGUUUGGAGGGAUUCCCGAGGAAGAAGAGCUCACUCAAAAAGAGCCAGAAUCUGGCUCUGCCUCAGGCUCUUUGAAGGAACUCAGAAAAAUGUUGGCAGUGACCGUUGAAGUACCAGUGGAGUCUGCCAUAGCAAUUGAAAAAGAUAUAAAUGAGGAGACCCUUUUGCCCCAAGAAGAUGAAAAAGAAGAGGGAAAAAAACAAAUCUACACAGAGGCCCAGGAGGCAACUGCCUCCCAUCAGGAUCAUUGUGAAGAGGGUGAAGUCAGCAAGAGGGAGGCCCAACCUCCCUCUGUAGAGACCUGUGGGGUAGAACUGGAGAGCUUUCCAGAGGCAAGCAGCCCUGCCCCUCAGCCAGCCUGGGGAGGGCUCCCAGAGGGGAACAGCUGCUUGGGCCCUGUAGGUGAGCAAAUGGAGGCUGGAGAGGCCACCGAGAGGGAGCUCACAGCUAGAGCUUCUAGACUAUUUGAUGAAGGAAGAGGGGGCCCGUCUGCCUUGGAGGGUGAGGCCAGUGCACAAGAAGAUUGUAUUUUAAGUUCUGACCAUGUCUGUCCUAGUGAGAGCCAGGUGUCUGAGAAACAAGAGAUAGUGGAAGAGAAAAAUAGCAUGGGCCAGGCUGUGGCCGGCGUGGAUACAGAACCUGUUAAGCCUGCUGGUGUUCAUGUAUGUGAGUGGGUGGUUGAAGAUGCUCCAAACACCGAUAGCCUAGGUGCACAUGGAAAUGAUGUGGAGAGUGAAAGUUGUCAGGAUAGUUCCCCAGGGCAGCCCUCAGAGGAGUGA